CCACCACACAAACAUCUUGGCAUCUAGGCAAGAUGUAGUUAGAAUACUUUGGCAUCGAUAUCUUCUGAAAACUUUUCAAAUGUGAUCGAGUAUUAUUCAUUAGUAUCUAAAGUAGAGCAUCAAAUAAAGGGGAUCACCUGAGUUGAGCACAAGAUGUCUUUAAGCUGUAUGAUGUCUUGUGGCUUCUCUAUUGAACGUGCCGUGCUAUAUAGAUUGUAAACUGACCACAAUAUAGUCCACUGCACCAAAGGACGUGUUUCCAUAUUUCAAGCCAUCUGAAAUAAUCUCACAUUUUCAAAAGAUUAUGACCAACCCUACUUGACACAUCUCAUUUUCACUGAGAUAAAGAGAGCUGUAAAACACUUUUAGUGCUAAAGAGUUGUCAAAGAAGACUCACAUAAGCAAGUUAAGACGACUUCAAAAUAUAUGAAUAUAUAACUAGUGAUAGAUAACAUUAGCAAGAGCAAUACCAACAGUUGAGUAAAAGUGACUACGAGGUCCAGAUUGUGAACACCAGAGAAUCCCUCCAAACUUUGUUUAACAAGAACAAGAAUUCUAUUGUUAUCAAACAAAAUUACUGACACCUUCAACAUGUAUUUCCGCUUCUUGAAUACUCGCCACAUUAUAUUAUUUAUGAUUAGCUUGUCUGUAGUUUAUACCAUAGUUUCGCAUGAAAUAGAUUUAUAUAACCUAUUCAGCGGAACGAUGAUGCUAAUGAACAACCAAUCAGGUGAUACCAAAAAUAUGACAAGUGUUGUUGUGCCUGGUAAUGCAGCUGUCUCAGAGUCCUUACAGAUUCUCGAAAAAUCAGCUACAGACUGGAAAAUGAUACUGUUUUGGGAAUCUUGGUCAACAGUUCUCUGGAAUGAAAGCUUCGUAGGGACUACUGCCACAGAGCUGCUGCAGGAAGGUUGCCCGAAAUGGAAGUGCAACGUCACCAUGGACAGAAGCUACGCUGGCACCGCUGACGCUAUUAUUUUGCCCGCCUUAGGGUUCAGGCCAUCGAAUUUGCCACGAAUGCCCAGGCCACAGUACCAGCGCUGGGUGUUUUUAGAGAUGGAACCACCAACAGGAAUAUAUGCAGUAGAAGGCGCCAAUAAUCUUAGGGCUCACAAUAUGAGUCAUAUUGUCAAUUGGACCAUGACCUACCACUCAGAAUCAGACAUCGUUGGCUUCUAUGGUUUCUUUCUCUCACUCGGAACCACAGUCAUGCCGUUGCGCCCCAACCUAAUGUCCCAGCACGGCGAGGCUAUGAGGCGGUACAAGACAGCGCUGGAACAAGGUGACACUUUAGAGAAAGUGAUGGGCCCGUCAUGGAGAAGCUUCGUCAAGAGGCCCAGGGUGGUGGCCUGGAUGUCCAGCCACUGUCCCACUAAUUCCAGAAGGGAGGAGUACGUUGCUGAGCUUUCUAAAUACAUCACUGUUGACAAGUAUGGGGCUUGUGGGGAUAAGGAGUGCAAAAAAUAUUCAACUGGGCCGCUGUUACAUUCCUGCUGGAAGAACGUAAUUACUGGAAACUACUCCUUCUACCUCUCCAUGGAAAACAAUUUAUGUGAUGAAUACAUAACAGAGAAGGUCUACAACGCCUUCUCAUACAACCUCGUCCCCGUCGUCUGGGGAGGUAGUGACUACGCUAAGUUCCUGCCACCACACUCUUACAUCAACGCCCGACACUACCACCCACAAGAACUGGCCCGCCUCCUGACCAGACUACACCAAGACCCCGUGGCCUAUGGAAGGUAUCACCUCUGGCGCGGAUACUUCCAGGUUAUGAAUAAAGGCAACUUGUGUGAGCUUUGUUACCGCCUGCAUACUGACACAACAUCCAGCUACCACACAGACAUUUCUGAGUGGAGGAUGAGGAGCGGCAGGUGCCUGAUGGCUCCCAGCAAUAUGUUCAACAAGACGUUAGGUAUGGAUAGCUGGAGGUCGGUCAUUUACUCUCACUACGAGAACCUAACCAACGUUGGUUUUGGCCUUUGAUUCUCGAAGUUACAAUGAACACUGUUCUAAAGAUUGAUUACAGUAUUUGCAGCAAGAAAAGAAAUCUGAAGGUAUAUAAUAGCCUCUGCAGUGAAGCGUUUUUAUUGCUCAACCAGAUUAAUUUUCUUUCUAGUGAUAAUAUAAUUUCAGCGCCAAUGAAUCAGCAUGUGUGUAUUCAAGUAUUUUGCGCUAGAAUUUAAUAAAAAAAAUUGAAUUUAUGUAUUAUUAAAUUAUAUCACUUGUUCCUUUUUUAAGAUUUCUCAUAAAUAUAAUGUCAUAUACUUAAUAAAGUUAUUAAUUUGCUCUCACAUGGAGUGAUGAGCAGGAUUUUUUUCCCUUUC